UCUAGAAAUAAAUUUUAUAUUUUAUUAGUAUUUAUGAAUUAAAAACCCCAACUUAAAAACUUAUUUUUUAUUGGUGUUUGAACAAUGUCCUUUUCCAUUUGGUGGAUAUUUACUUACUAUUUCAGACCAUUAAUAAAGUGGUUUCUUAGGAAGACUACAGGUUUAUGCGAAUUACAACGAAUCUGCUAUGGAACAGUGAGCGGUGCUCCUAGAAUAAACGGUGUUGAACAUUCGUUAAAUUCGUCUCGUUCUAAACAAAUUAAGCAACUGGUAGAUCACUUGAACGAUAUAGCGGAAAACAGGAGAUUUACUGGAGCAAACGAAAGAGAAAUCUUAAAAGGAGCGGUUAGUACGGUGCUUAUAGUGAAAAAAAUUAAUCCGAAAAUUCACUACCAGUUCGUCAGCGCCUUUGGAAAAUGUGUCGAACAGAUAUGGGGUUACAAACAGUUAAUAUCCGAAGUUGAAGAAUUAAGACAAACUUUAUUUGAUAGCGACGAUUUUAGCCAUGAAAGGAGGCUUUAUGAUCUAUGGGAUUCGUUAAUGCCCGAUGAAAAACUAGAAAGUAGAGUUACGAGGCAAUGGCAGAUUAUUGGAUUUCAAGGUGACGAUCCGAAAACAGAUUUCAGAGGGAUGGGGUUAUUAGGUCUGGAAAACUUGUUAUAUUUUUCUACCGAAUAUAAAUCUUCUGCCCACCAUGUACUAUCUCACUCCUUCCAUCCUACGUAUGGGUAUUGUUUUGCUAUUGUCGGAAUCAAUCUCACCUCUAUGGCGUGGUCACUGUUGCGCGAUGGUAGUGCUAAAACUUAUUUUUAUAACACCUCAAAAAGUUUACCCACCAUAAGACUGUUUCAUUCGUUUUAUAGUUACUUAUUCUACGAGUUUGAUAGGUUCUGGGUAGAAUCUAAACCAAGAGACAUAAUGGAAUUUUCGAAUGUUAAAAAUAAGUUUGAACAGAAAAUUAGAACUUUAUUGCAAAAUCCUAGGACUGAAUUUAGGAUAUCUUUAUCAGUGCAAAAUGUAUAGAUUUUAAAUUUAUUAUUGAUACAUUAAUUUAUUUUUUUAUGUGCAGUAAACUAGUUUUGUGCAUAGUCUAAAUUAUUACAAUUAUUUAAUUAAUUAUAGUUUAUAUAAAUAUAUUCAGUUAAUGAAUGAUUUGUAAUACUGUGCUUGUAGAAGUAUUAUGAAAUGCUUUUAAAAAUAUUUUUUUUGAAUUAAUUAUUUAGAUUGGUAAUAUUUUACAUAGUAAUUAGCUUUAUAAUGUUUUUUUAUUUUAUUAGUGUAAAAAAAAUAAUAUAUACUUGGACUCUUAAAAAAU